AUGCUGCGCGCGUCUACUCUGCAAAAGGCAGGCGCUUUCGCAACACAUGGACUCGCCGUAGCCACUCGACCUGAACUCGCACCACUUCUUUCCCGACUUUCCGCUCUUGCCCUCACACGACCACUUCGUUCCUAUGCAACCACACCCAAGCACAUUCGGAAACGACAAAAGACUGCACUCGAAGCGGAACGCCCUCCUCCGUUCCUUCGCCAUAUUGAGCUUCUCCGGGAUGCCCUCAAUGCGAACAACAUACCACAAAUAGCCUCCGCCUAUAAUGUCCUUCGCAACAAGCUCCCGCUUGGUGAACAAGAUGUCGCAGACAUUGCAAAGUCUCUACACACCUCAUUGAGACUGCUCUCCUCGUCUGUCCGCCAGACUCGCAUUCCUGCUGAACUCAACAACCUUACCGAUCUUCUGGUCCUGGACAUCCAGGCCAAAGUCCUGCCUCCGAGCUACGAUGCUCACUUGCAUCUGUUGAGUUUCUUUAAAGAGUCGGCUGCUUUUGAGAAGGGAACCGCCUUCUGGUCCUGGCUGGUCAAACAAGGCGACGACUACGUCAACGCGAACCUCUACGGCGUUGCUCUCGAGCUCUUUGCCUUCCAGGGCCGCCCCGCCGAGGAUACCGAGCAGUUGUAUGAGAAAGCUCUUGCCCGCUUCCCUGGCGUCUUUCUCCAAUAUCAUCUUGCUCACAACGCCGUCGUAGCCGACCGCCGUCAACCCAACGUCAUUUUCGGCAUUCCUAAAGCCCUUCUACAAGGUAUCUUGACAGCUCGCAUCUUGCGUGGUGAUGCCAAAAAUGCUUAUCUUACCCUGGACACCACCAUGAGGCUUUUUCCCGCCAAAAUCCCUGCCCGCUUCGUCACCCUCUUUGUGCAAGAACGUCCGCUACACGAAGCCUACAAGGUCUUCAUGCUCGCCUGUCAAGCCGGUGCCACUCCUGGUCAUGAUGCCCUGAAGAUCCUCCUGACAAGGUUGAGAAAGGUUGCCGCAGCAGAACCUAUUAAAAAUGCUGCUAUCCUGCGUGCCAUGAUCAUGGUGUGCUAUGCACACACGGCCUCCGGUGCCCCUCUAAACAACAAGUCUCUCAACGAACUUGUCAUAGCCAUUACUGGUCUUCUGAAGGAUCACGCCUAUACAAAGAUGUCUUCCGAUCAGUUGCGACCUAUUACCAACACUAUCAGUGCUUUGCUCAGCGAUCUGUUUGGCAUUUGGGCUAGUCAUAAUUCGCCCCCAGGCAUAGCCUCAUUCAACUCUAUGAUUGCCAACCUCGCUGGUCGAGGUAAGCGCAAAGAUAUCAUAGACCAUGCCCUUGAAGCAAUGGAACAUUAUGGUCUCAAGCCCAACGCAGUGACUUUGCGUUCCAUCCUAGCAGCUGCAGGCGAGAUGGGCGACCCUGAAACAAUCAAAUCAGCUUGGACUGAUCUAGUCGCCAACCGCAUCGAAAAGGGUGCUGCUCUGGAGCUCAUAGACUGGCAAAACUUGUUGAACGCUACUAGACGUGUCAAUGACCCAGAGUAUUUGCAACAACAGCUAGUCAACUUCCAACAUAUUGUNCCCCCUCAUAUUCUGGACCGAAUGAACACCGCGCUCCAGGCCGGGAACUUCUCGAGACAGCUCAAUCCAGACAAGAAUAACACUGCAAACGAUAUGGCGACGAUAUCAAGAUCUAUGAAAAUUCUCGAAUUUCUCAAGCAAGAUGUCACAUAUUUGUCCGAGAACACGCAUCUGGGCCGUAAUUUCUACACCGAGCCUGUAUCGCUUUCUUUGCUCAACGGCUCGAGUCUGUACACAAAUGUGCCCGAAGAAUACAUCCGUACAGUGUACGAUGAAAUGACGACAGACUCGUCAACAGCUCAAAAUCUUCUCUCAUCAACAACUUCUGCCCUAAAGACAGAGGCUGAGCGAGAGGUGGAGAUAGAGGCAGAGGCAGAAGCAGAAGAACAGGCACCAGGAAUCAGCCCAACAGGAUAUCCACUUGACGAAUUGCGAUACCAAAACUGGAGGACAGUCAACCAACUACUGUUUGACGCAAAGUUACAUGACAAGGAAUACAUGGAUGCUGUCGACGAUGCCAUCAAGCGUGGUACGCCACCUCCUAGCCGCGACGCCGAAUUGAGCAACGUGCCGAAGGUUGAUGAGUUUGUUGGCUUAAGCGACUCAGCAGUCAAAUCUAACGACAAUACACAAAGCACUGACGGUGAGAAAGAAAUGACGCUCGAUGAAUUCCGCGAGAAGAUACACGAGCUCCGUGGUCGCAAGGCUUGA